AGUCGGGUCUCGAGAGGGAGGAAGGAGAGGAGGAGAGGAGGAGAGGAGGAGAGGAGGAGAGGAGGAGAGGAGCCGAGGAGCCGAGGAGCACUAUAAACUAGUUCACCAGCCGGCUGCUUCUUCACUCGUCCUUUGUCCGCCGACAGCAGCGCGCCAUGGCGCCGCGCGGCUCGGCCGUUCACAGCCAGACGGCCGCUGGAGCUGCGCCCUGCUACGGAGAACCACACCAGUUUGAUCCUUCCUUUAGAGGUCCAGUCCGCAGAAGAAGCUGCACUGAUAUCUUAUGUUGUUUGAUCUUCAUCAUUGUCAUCCUCUCGUAUGUGGCCCUGGGGAUAGUGGCCUGGUUGCAUGGGGACCCCAGGAAGGUGCUCCAUCCAACAGACAGCUAUGGCCAGUUCUGUGGCCAGAAGGGGACUUCCAAUGAGAAGAAACCUAUCCUAUUCUAUUUUAACAUCUUGAAAUGUGCCAAUCCAGCUAUACUCAUCAACCUGCAGUGCCCCACAACUCAGAUGUGUGUAUCAAAGUGCCCGGACAAGUUUGCCACCUACACUGAGAUGCAGCUGCAACACAAACUCGGCAAGAGCUACUGGGAAUAUUACAGACAGUUCUGCAAACCUGGCUUUAAUAACCCUGACAAGCCAGUAUCUCAGGUUCUACGAGAUGAGGACUGUCCCUCCAUGAUUGUACCCAGUAGACUAUUUCUCCAGAGGUGUCUCCCAGACUUCAUCACUCAGAAUGGGACGGUGACUGUAGCGAACAGAACCAGCUUCAAAGACGCUCUGGAAAUGGCUCGCAGUGUAACUGAACUCCAACAUGCAGCAAAGGGUAUAACAGGACUAGUGGACACCAAGGAGCUGGGCAUGAAGAUCGUGGAGGAUUAUGCCAAGUCAUGGGCGUGGAUACUCAUAGGGCUGCUCAUAUCCAUGGCUGUCAGCCUGCUCUUCAUCCUGCUGCUGAGGUUCACAGCUGGUUUGCUGCUGUGGACGACCAUCAUCACCGUCAUUCUGCUGCUGGCGUACGGUAUGUGGUUCUGCUCCGUGGAGUUGUCCCGGCUGAGACACAGACCCGGCUCCGACGUGGCCAUUGUGGAGGUGGGGCUGCAGACUGACCUGCAGGUCUAUCUGCAGCUCUCACAGACAUGGAUCAUACUGCUGGCGUCUUUGGGGGUGACGGAAGCUUCCAUCUUAUUGAUGUUGAUCUUCUUGAGACGAAGAGUGCGAGUGGCCAUCGCCAUGCUCAGAGAGGCCAGCAAAGCCAUCGGUCACAUCAUGUCCACGCUUUUCUUUCCCGUCGUCACCUUCCUCCUGCUGACUGUUUGCUUCUCCUACUGGGCGGUGACUGCCGUUUACCUCGCGUCCUCAGGGGAAGCUGUCUACAAGGUCCUGUCUCCUGAUGUCAGCUGUCCCCAUGACAACAGUACUUGCAACCCAGAGACCUUCAACAGAACCAACAUCUCCCAAUCGGCGUUGUGUCUGGGCUCUCAGUGUCAGUUCGCCUUCUACGGCGGGGAGACGUCCUACCACCACUACCUCUUCCUGCUGCAGCUGUCCAACCUCCUGGUCUUCCUCUGGCUGGUCAACUUCAGCCUGGCCCUCGAGCAGUGCACCCUGGCCGGGGCGUUUGCCAGCUACUACUGGGCCAGGAGGAAGCCUCAGGACAUCCCGCCGUGUCCGCUCUUUUCGUCGUUCAGCAGGGCCAUCAGGUAUCACACGGGGUCUUUGGCAUUUGGAGCUCUAAUUCUUUCAGUUGCCCAACUGGUCCGGAUCAUACUGGAAUACCUGGAGCAGAAACUACGAGGUGUUGACAACAGCCUGUCCAGGUUCAUGAUGCACUGUCUGCAAUGUUGUUUUUGGUGUUUGGAGAAAUUCAUUCGCUACAUGAACCGUAAUGCUUACAUCAUGGUGGCGAUCUAUGGUAAGAACUUUUGUACCUCUGCCAGAGAAGCCUUCUUCCUGCUGAUGAGGAACGUGGUCAGGGUGGCCGUUCUGGACAGAGUGACGGACUUCCUGUUGUUUCUGGGCAAAGUGCUGAUAGCAGGAGGAGUUGGUGCGAUUGCAUACCUCUUCUUCACAAGGAAGAUUCCUGUUAUCCAGGAGGAAGUGCCCAAUCUCAACUACUACUGGGUCCCCCUGCUGACGGUGGUGAUCGGGGCCUACCUGAUCGCUCACGGCUUCUUCAGCGUCUACGCCAUGUGUGUUGACACGCUCUUCCUCUGCUUCUGUGAUGACCUGGAGAGACACGAUGGUAGUUCAGAGAAACCUUUCCUCAUGUCCCCCGAGCUGCACAGAAUUCUGGGUAAAUCCAGUCAGCCGCGUUGAUAUCCGAUCCGCCUAGCUACCGCACCAGCAGUCCUGCACAGAUGUCACCUGGUCCAAGUCUCCACACGGAAGAAAUACAGGACAUCAGAAGGACGAGGGUCUGACCCUCCGUGAGACCCUGUAGGCUCAGGCUGGCUGGUCUGGUUCAGACCUGUGUCGACACACAGGGGCCACGUGGUGCCUCCUGAAAUGUGGACAUGAACCAUGUGUGAAACCAAAUCCGAAAGGAAGACUUUCAAACAGAACGAAGUCAGAACCAGAUGGUGUACUGAUGCACGGCCUGUUUUUAACGCUGUGCCAUUCUUGGUCUGCAAUCGUAUUUCAACCCUCCAUCGAGAACGUGAGCAGAAGGUUGUUUUGUAUUAAGAUUCACGAGUGAAUUCACAAAAAUGUUGUCAUUCUCAAAGCAGCUCAGAGUGAAGAGCACCUCAAACGGUGCUCCUUUUUAUUUAUUCAGAAGUAUUUAGAUUAUGAGAUUUCUAUUUGAUAGGGACGAUGCAAUUUAACAGUUUAAUACAAAGCAUGCCACAGAGUUUAACCCCAUUUCUUAUUUUAAACUAAAAACGAAUGAAUAAAGCUAAAGACGCAUUUAUGGGAUGUGCAGCAGGUGUGUAACCAACUCAGACAAGAGAUAAGUAAUUCAUCCGGUAUCCUCAUUAAUGGUGUAUGAGUUCACUAGCAUAACAUCUGGAGGAGUACAGAGGCACAAUGAAAAGAGAAAAGCUAAAGGACCACACCUUUUCACUGUACAUGCUCAUGUAAUGUUUCGGAUGAAUUUUCAAAAGAGUGGGCGUGGCCUGUAGAGUCACCGAAGACAUAAACACAGUACAGCGUGCAGCUGGAGCUGCAGCCAGCCGUACUGAAGACCUCACAACACACACUGCCACGGUCCCGUCCCUCACGUAUGUGAUAUUAGUAUUUAUGGAGAAGAGCAUCUACAUCUCUCGGGAAACCAGAGAAAGAGACCUGCUGUGUUAUAAGAAAACACUGUUCACCAAGACUUCACACAAUGUACACACCCUGUUCAUUUUUAUACCAUGGAUUGAUUGUUUUUAUUUGUAAUGUGAGCGUGUUUUUAUCUGUAAGUUGGUUCAAAUAUAAUAGAAUGUUCAUAUCUUGAUUAAAAAAAGAAUAAAUGUG